GUCAAAAGUGACAUCUCUGUAUACUUUGUGUUAAUGACAACGAAAAUUAGAAAACAAAUAAGAAUUUUGCCAACAUAAAGCGGCCGACAAACAUAAACAUAAAAAGGAAUUGGAAAAUUAAAGUUUAAUUGGGCGAAAAAUGCAAUAAACUAAUAACAAAAACACACAUCAGUAAAUAAAACAUAAAUAAAAUUACUACUAGUAAGGGCAGUGGCAGUCGAAGACCGCAAAAACAAAAGUAGAAAUAAAAACAAAUGAAAAAUUAACGUUUGCGCAGCUGAAACAAAUUAUUAGAAGUAAAAAAAAUAGACAAGUGAAACUUAAAAAAAAAGAAACCUGCUAAUUAAAAAUAAGACCACAAGGUGCAAAAACGAAAUUUUGCUACAAAAAAAAUUUAAUUAAUUUCCUAAAAAAAUGAAAACAUUGGAAGAAAUUAAACAAGAAUAUCCCUUGCACUGGCAUAUCUGGCAAAAUAAUGUGGAGGAAUUAAAGGAGUUACUUAAAAAUGAUAAAAUUGAUAAGGAAAAAAUCGAUCCCCGUGGCCGUACACCUUUAAUGUUAGCGGUAAAAUUAGCACAUUUGCAAUGUGUCAAAAAUCUUUUAGCUGCCAAAUGUAGUGCCACCUAUGAGCAUGAGGGUUGGUCAAUUGUCCAGGAAGCUGUUUGUUCAGGUAAUGAGGAAAUAUUAACUGCCAUACUGGAAGUACGUGAUUUACAACGUCAUGUGCAAAGAGUUACACAUGUCCCAAAGUUAUUGCAACAUUUAUUAGAUGCUCCCGAUUUUUAUAUAGAAAUGAAAUGGGAAUUUACUUCAUGGGUUCCUUUAAUGUCACGCCUUUGUCCUAGUGAUACCUAUAGAGUGUAUAAACGUGGUGCUAAUGUUAGAAUAGAUACAACCUUAUUGGGUUUUGAAAAUAACACCUGGCAACGAGGGAAUCGUUCGUAUAUAUUUAAAGGUUUAAAGGAUAGUGCUACCAUGAUUGAAAUCGAUCAUGAUACCCAUGAGGUUAUGGUUGAACAAAUGAGCUCCGAUAUUGGUGAUAUAGUGGCCAUACCACCACCCAUAGGAUCGGUAAGAGCGCGCCUUAAUGCGCCGGUCAUAACAAAUAAUAUAGAAAUGGAAAAAAUCAGUUUUGAACGUAAUAAAUCGGGCAUAUGGGGUUGGCGUAGUGAAAAAUCUGAAGUUAUAAAUGGUUAUAAUUGUAAAGUUUAUGGGGCUAGUAAUGUGGAGUUUGUAACAAAAACAAGAAUGGAUCAUUUAUCAGAAGAGCAAAUCAAGGCUAAAACCUCCCGAACACCAUUCCAUAGCUUUUUAGGCUUAGCCGAAGAUGAAUAUAUAGCCAGUCCAGAUUUAGCAUCGUUAAGAGAAAAAGCACCCACACCUCAUACUGAGGAACAUAAUUUAGAUGGUGGCGAAGAAGUAGCUGCAUCUAACAGCAAUAGUCCUAAUAAUUCCGGUUCUAAUUCUCCUAAAAAUGUCAUAACACCGCAGGAGUAUUUUACAGCCGAUGUAGAUUUAAAUGGUCGUGAUAUAGGGCGACCCAAAAAAGUUAACACUAAACUUCAACGUUUUAAAGCAAAUUUAUGGCUUUGUGAAGAUUAUCCCAUGCGUCUCCAAGAACAAGUACUUCCCAUUUUAGAUCUUAUGUCCACAAUGGCCAGUCCACAUGUGUCCAAAUUAAAAGACUUUAUAACAAUGCAACUGCCUUCCGGUUUUCCAGUUAAAGUAGAAAUACCAUUAUUCCAUGUGCUAAAUGCUUGCAUUACAUUUGGUAAUGUAUUCGCAAUGACAAUGCCAAUUGAAAAUGUAACAACGAUAAAUGAAGAGGAUCGUAUAACAUGUAUUGUUGAUGAUCGUUGUUUCGAUAUACCUACACAUUAUACGAACAAGGGUGCUGACUCUAGACGUCAAAUGCCUUUAGAUGAGGAUGAUAUGCUGCAAUAUGCAAUUGAACAAAGUUUAGUUGAAUCUUCUGGUGGUGCUUGUGGCUUAAAUUUCGAUGGCACUUCAACGGAUAAGGUUGAUAUAUGGGAGGCCUUGAGAGGCCAAGGUGUGGGAGCCGACGAUGAAGAGGAUGAGCAAUUACAAAGAGUUCUACAAGAGUCUUUAUGUGCUGCUGUCAAUACAACGGGUGGUGGCUCUCCCAUUUCCGAAGAUGAUGAUGACGAUGGUGGCUUUAAAUAUAUCGAUCCAGAUUUAGCGUUGGCUUUGCGUCUCAGCCAACAGGAUCAACAGCAAUAUGAAUUGGAGCGACAACGUGAACAAGAAAUGAUAGAGCAAGCUUUAAAGUUAAGUUUACAAGAACAUUAGAAGUAAGUUAACUUUUUCUUUUCUUGUUUUUUUUUUGUGUUUUUCCUUUUUUCUUUAAAUCGUAUAAAUUUUCUUUUUUCACUUUUGAGUUUUAAAACUCAACUUAAAGGUUGUGUUUCCUUUAUUGUAGUUUUCCAUUUAAUUUGAUGCAGCAUUUUGCAAAUGCUGUACUAAAGGCAUAAAUAAAUAAAGUAAUCUAUAGAUUUUGAUUUCAUUUAUAUUAUUAUUAUUAUUUUAUAUAAUUUGCUUUAAGUUGUUUCCUUUUUAUGCCAAAUUUAUGUUAAAUGUUAUUUAUACAUAUUUAUAUACAUAUGCAUAUGUAUGUACGUAGAACAAGGAGAUCUGAUCAAGAGUCAUCUUAAGAAUCAACAAUUAUUAUAAUUAUAUACACUUAAACUUAUUUUUACUUUGUAUACUUAAUAAAAUAUACAUAUGUAUUUUUAUUUAUAUAUAUAUACACACACAUAAAACAAUUUACAUAUAUACAUAUAAGUACACCUUUAUAUACACCAAUACAUACAGCAAACACACAUAAACUUACACUUCUAUAUAUAGAGAAUAAAAAAAAAUAUGAAAAUAACUAUUA